AUGGUGAUAUUGACCAUCAUUCUGCUUGUCAGCACUGCUUUUGCUCUAGGAGAUGGUAUGAUACGACCCAAGACCCCCUGUGAGAUUGCUAGAGAUACUGCGAUGAAAAAAGUCCAGCCUGGAGUCUACGUCCCCACGUGUGACAACGAUGGACAAUACAAACCUGCGCAAUGUUCAGGCUCUACAGGUUACUGUUGGUGUGUGACCAGUUCUGGACAGAAGAUCCCGGGUACUGAGACUCCACCAGGCAUUGCUCCAAUCAUAUGUUCCACCCAAAAUGGUACGAUACGACCCAAGACCCCAUGUGAGGAUGUUAGAGAUGCCAGGCCACAUGGCCAAGUUGGAGCCUACAUCCCCACGUGUGACGCCGCUGGACGAUACACCCCUGAGCAAUGUUGGGGCUCUACAGGUUACUGUUGGUGUGUGAACAGUUCUGGACAGAAGAUCCAGGGUACUGAGACUCCAACAGGCACUGCUAUCAACUGUUCCACCAAGAUGAAAGGCGUUGGAAGUAAGAUGUAG